AUGGAUCCAUCAGAAGAAAACUGGAACAGCUAUAAAAGCCUCAGAAAUUACUGCUUGCUAGCAUCACGCAAAGAAAAAUCAGCCUAUUUGGAACAUCUACAUAAAAAAAGAAACCCUAAAUCUCUUUACAAAUCAUUGAAACAAAUGCACAUACAAAGUAAUAAAGAGCCUCCGAACAUUCCGGUCCACCUUUCCAAUCCAUAUAAAAUGGUGAACAAGUAUAUAAGGAAAAGCAAUAGAGGUUCUUGGACUGAAGAAACGAUGCAGAUGGCGAUGAACGAAGCUAAAACUACAUCAAUAAGCUCGGCAUAA